AUGAUCCAUGGCCCAUAUGGGGUGACAUGCACAUUUAGCCUCAGGACCGACAACAACUACGUAUGGAUCAUGUGCACCACAGAUCGUGGUCCGAAUGAGAUUUGGACGAAGAAGGUUGUGCAGGCCAAAUUGAUGGAUGUUCCAUGGUGUUUCUUCCUUCCGGCGGAUUGUUACGAACAUCAGGCACAUCUGGGUGUACUCGGUGGAUUGAAGCUGGUGGAUUCGUUGCUUGCUGGCAGACGCAAGUGGAAAUACUUCUCUAGUGUGGCCAUGCUUACCAACAUUCUCCGUGACAUCUCACAAGACCUGUACUCUGCCUGGCGCGCACUUCAUGGGGAUGCAUCUGCUAACAAAUGUGUGAGGACUUUGUUUCCCAGGUGCAUUGCAGAGCGAUGGGGGUCGAUAGACUUGACGGAAACCCGCCUCUUGAAUGCUGGAGUGCCUGAGCUGCGAGCCACAAUGAUGCGAGUGUUCGAAUACACGGCGUACAAUGAUCAAGCUAAUGAUGAUGCGUGCGAUGUCGACAUGCUGGCCGUUGAGGAGAAGAAGGAGUACCGGAAGCGCAUGGGCAGGUGGCGGACAAGUUCCAUGUCCACUCUGCGUGACCCCUUGUUCGAUGGCGUGGUGCAGGUGAUGAAUCUGUGCCGCAAACCCUUCAUCCACCUCAGCAACUACUUAAAGGCCAAGGUCUUGCCCAUGGACAAUGCUCCCAUGUUCCGGCUGGUGGUUGGAAAGGGGGCACAAAUCGGGCAAGCGUUCGACGAAAUGGCGUAUCCACACAGACUCAUGUUGCUGGUGAAAGCGCCUGACUCCGAUUGUUGUGAUGAGCGCAAACAGGUCGCACACGAGCUGCUGUCGGAAAAGCCAGAACAUUUGGAGAUAAAUGCUCGCAAAGUUCGGUCGCUGUUCAAAGCAGACUUGACUGUGGCUUCUAGUCAGGGUGUGCUUGUUGGGCCAUUACGGGUUUGUAUGCGUGGUGUGGCCAGAGUCUGGCAAGCCGACACGCGGGAAAACGAGCGGGUGAACAAGCAGCUCAAACUAACUGCAGAGCGUUGCCCCAACGCUUCUGUUGAGUUGCAAUCGAGCCGGGCUUGCAUCAAGCAUUUCCUUGGUGAAGCCGGCCACUCUGGAUCCGGCAGCCAACGACGUAGGUGGUCCUUGUACAAGCCAACAGCCAUGUCAAUGCUGCGUUCUUGCCUCACGGCUUGGCAUGACAGGCUGCCAAUCCACGAGGACACCACGCGUUGGCAAGCACCUCCGGAUCCAGAGUUUCCGCCUCAAGCCACACUGGCGCGCAUCGUCCGUCAGUUGUCCACUGCUUCGAUGUGUGAUCUGAGUCUUGUCGGUGCCUAUGGAGUGCAAGCACCCGUCCCUGUGACGACGCUCAAAGCACCCUCGAAGAAGCUACACAAGAAACUGUGCUCCACAGAGCCGCAAGCAGGUGCAGACAACGAGGAGGAAUCCCAGGGGGAGGACGAUGAAGUGGAACCUGAGGUUUGUGGGGAUUCGGAGAUCAUCGAGGGGAUGCAUCUUUUGAUGGAGGAAGCGGCAGCUUUCGCAGAUGCUGAUCCUGAUGAUGAUGAGGACGGCUGCGACCAAGAAAUUGCGGCUGCUUGCGCCGCGCUCAACAAGGCCGUCGACGAGUCUUCCCGGGCCACUUAUGUUUCCGACUCCAUCGAGCAGGAUGAAGAGCUGUUGCGCACGGAGCUUCGAGAAGAGGUCAUGGAAGAAGUUAUGUUAUGGGCAGAUAAUGAACGAGCACACGAUGCCUUACGCACUGGCGUGUGCCCGAUGCUACCUCCCCGUGUUGUUACAUCCUUUCCUACAGCUGACAUGGACGUAGACGGGCACGCGCAGACUGUCGAGGCAGUGCUGAAUCAGGCCAGUGUCAUGGGCAACAGCGACGACUAUAUGAAUGAGAUUGAUGUCAACGGUGCCGAGGGUACAGGUCAAUCAAGCGGCACGGGUGGUGUCGUUGCUGACGCAGCUGCUGCCUUGACUCAGUGGUUGUCCUGUGUACACAAAGGAAUCGAGUCACUGGACUACUAUGUAUGGUCUCAGGGCAAGCCUGCCGGCCGAGACUCGGAAUCAGGAGUCUCAUUGGUGUCUCUGCCUGAAGUAUCAACGGAGUCCAACUCCAGGAUCACGCCGUCCCAUGAACCAGCACAGUUCGUGUUUGUGCAGUGGACAGACCCUGGCAUCAGUGGGCGGAUUGCUGAUUUUGAUCCGAACACAAACCGCUUGAAGUGCAUUGUUCCAGUCGGAAACAAACGGCAGCCCAUGAACUUCGUCGAGAAGGGUGCAUCGAUUCUGAUCCCUGCCACAGGUGUGCGUGUACUACGUGAGCGAAGGACCCAGUCGGCAUUGCACCAGUUUCAGGCCAAUCAAGUGCCGGCCGUGCUGGUCCGCCUAAUUGACAUGCUUCGUGCCGGGCAGAGCAAACUACUGGAUGGUAUCGAUCUUGUGAUGGACGAUGACGAUGGUGCGUGCUUCGUUUGUGGGCAAUGCGACUCUGUGCCCGAAUGUGCUGGGCGAGAUGUGAGGCUGGCAGAGACCGAGACGCCACAGACCAGCCAGUUGGGUCCGCUAGCCCUAUGCCCCGUCUGUUUGAUGCACAGUCACCGCAGUUGUUGCGAGAAGGUCCUGGCACAUUGUCACUCGUGUGUGGAUCAGGGUUUGGAAAUGGCAAACUGGCCAAGUCCCGGUGCAUGCAAGUCUUCCUCCGACCUUCCUCGGGCACUUCACGAUACCGGCAUGCAGGGGGCCUAG